GUGCGACGUCGCCGCCGACGCGAAACGGGAGGCGCUUUGCUUCCCAUGGCAGUAGUAUAAACAGCCGUCGCCAGUCGCAUUCCAUCCGCAGACGAGGGAACAAUCCACACAUCUUCCAGUGCUGUGCUGUGCCGUCGAACCCGCCGCCGGCGCCCGCGACGAUGCGUGACCAGGAGGCGCCCACCCAACUCCCCCGCUCCCCCGCCACCGCCGGGACUCACCAUCCCCCGGCAACGCAGCCGCCGCCAGCCGCCGCUGCCAGCAACGGCGGCGGGAGAUCGCGCCUCCUCCACCUCGCAUUCCUCUGCCUCGCCGCGUCGACGGCGGCGGCCUGGUUCGUGGAGCCCUUCGUGGCAGCCGCGGAGUCCCGCCUGCCCGCGUCCGCCGUCGCCGCCACGGUCCUGCUCCUCGCCGCGUGCUUCCACCUCACGGUCCACGUCGUCCACUCCUUCGCCGCGCCCUGCCCCCCGCGCCCCGCCGCCACCGCCGCGGUCAAGGCCGCCGCGACGAUCGCCGUCACCGUUGGGGUAGGGGUCGCUUCGUGCCUUCACGGUGCCUGUGGAGCUCCGCACGAGUACAGAACAGCUUAUAACUGAACGAGGCUUGGAUUCGGGUAUGUUGUUUCUGUGGUGUAGGUGCUGCUUUUGAUUAUACUGUUACUGCUGUAAUUAUUGUGAAUGAAAUAUACCCA